GGGUGAGACACCAUUUGAGUAUAAGCCAACGUUGGCAUAUACUUGCUAUGACAACUUACAGGGUUGUUUGAUUGAUGUUGAUAUUCUAUAAUAGCAUGAUCGCGGCUCUCCGGAAUCGUGGUAGGGGCCUGCUUUUAUAUGAGCAGAAAAUUCGUAAACAAACGGAAAUUACAGUGUUCUUGAACUCAUGGGACGUUGGUUACCAACCUACAUCCAGUUACUCACUAUUCAUAUGAGGACAUGAGGCAGGGCGCAGGUCGUGUAACGCAUAAUUCUUCAAACUAAUAUGGUUUGUGCACAAUACGACUUUUGGCUGUUUGAAGCAUAAGGCAACAUGAGUCGUCGUCUGGUGAGAAUUGGAUCUCCACACGGUGCGUGUAUGAGCCAACGAUUCGAGGCAAAUAAUUGACGGCGGAUGUUUUGAGUACGAUAACGGAUAACUACCUUACCUUAUUAGUUCACCAGAGUUUAAAUAAACGAGAACCCCAGUCAACGCCAACGCCAUUGCCAACACCAAGAUCACAUCACAUCACAUUCUCCCCGCUCUCACACUUUUUUUUCUCAAACAAAAAAGAAGGGUCUAUGGUUGCGCCUAAUCACAUAAUAACCAUCAAGCACUGUCUGAGCGAAAAUAGCGGUAGCGUAAUUCAAAUUUGGUCUUUGAGAGGGGAAGCAUCUCGAUAAGAAAACAUCCAAGGGUACAGACCUCGAUAAAACAUCUAUUUUUGAAUAACAACGAGGAAUAUGGUUCAUGCUGUGGCCUGAGACAUUCAGGCGCAAUUGUAAACACAAAUAGAGACUUCCACCAAACAUAUCUAUCAGCCAUUUGAGAACUCGAACAUCGGCUGACUGCAGCUACCUCGAUACCUCAGAACUGCAAGAUGUCAACCUAUGACUACCUUAGGUAUGGUGUAUUUGUCGUACUUCGUUCUUUUCCCUCCAUUUUCUUUGUUUGUUUAUAGCUGAAGCGUUCCUUCGUUGGCGAUACACCAGGUACCUAUCUUGGGUAUCUUCCUUUGUUCGAUCAUAUUUCUGCCAUGGAAGGCGCGGCUGCCUGCGCUUGCACCUUUCUCAUUAGCAGCUUUUCGAGGUUGGGCUGUUGUUGGUGAGGAUGCCCCAGGGUUUCUCCGCUUGCCUCCAACCAACAAUAUUCACACAUCCCCCAUCCAUCUACCUACCUACGCAGCUACGCACACCCAUCCCUCUGAUAAGUCUGGUGCUCUUGAUAUCGGCCUUUCUUCGACCUCAAAUUUCUUCCACUGCAGGCUGUGCUGUUGGGUUGAUUUUGCUCGUCGAGCUGCGUUGACAACAUCGCUGUUUGUCUUGUCUUGUCUUGACUUCACUCACCUCAACCACUUCGCUCUCGAUGUUGAUUCACGACCCUCGCUGCCUAAAUCUUGCGAAUUCACUUCGCUGAACCAUGAUUGACUUUGCGGCGCUCUACUUCAAAAAGCGGCGACGUUGAAGCAUGAUUCCAAGUAGUGUUCCGGGCCCAGGUUUCGAAAGCAGCGACUCUAGAUCGUGACCCAGAUCUUCAUACCAAUAGACACCAUACAUCUGUGAAAUGCCACAUACCUCAAAGUCGAAUCAGUCAUGGGCUAUCACUUCACCCGAUGCUCAACAGAUCGCUUCCUCCAACCAAACUGUCAAUUUCCUCUUUGGUGGUCGCGCUCGCUCAUGGAUGACAGGGGACCCAUCGGCAACAACCAACCCUACUAGACUUGCUCCAGUAGCCUCCAGUAAUUCCCGGAAACGGAACAAAAAGAGAAAGGUGUCUGACGCUGCUCCCCCAACCCAGAACGACAAUGACAUACAUCGCGACAAUAACCCGACCGAGCAAUCAUUUGAACAACGACCAAGUGCCGGAGAACCAGCAAGAGCUUCGACCGUCCUACCCUCUCCGGCGCUGACCGAUGCACCAAGCCCGAAUGUCUCGAAUCAAACCGACAGCACUAAUCCCGAUCCAAGCGCUCACGUAGGCAGCGCAGGGCCUGGGGGGCCAGUCUCUGAUAGUAACAUGAACCAAAGCGACUCGACACACGUCGCGACUAAUACCAACUACCCAAGCUCUACAGCCGCCGUCUCCCUUCAGCCCAAGACUUCUAUGCCACAGCAAAACUACGUCACUCAAGCGACAAUUCUACCUACGGCGACCAGUCCUACGUUAGCUAAUCAAGCUCCUCAGGCAACAGCCUCGCCGCUUUCCCACAUAGAAAUACGCCCUCAAAAUCUAGGAGCGCCUCUAGAAACGAACUCGAGGCAGCAUAUAAGACCACCCACUGCUAUUGAUCAUCAAGCAAAGCGCCCUCGGGUCCAAGAAGCAACAAGUUCGGGAAAUUCCAGAGACCGAAGUAUCUGUCUAAAAUGGUACAACUCGAUCGAGCACCGCGUGGCGCAAGCUGUCCAUGCCGGGCUCCUGAAUGAAACAGUUGAAAAACCACGAUAUAGGAUCUUGGCGGAAGCAUGCCAGAACGAGGAUUUCUUCUACAUUGCUUUUCACCAGGCACUUUGUGCUUGGUCCUUAAACAGAGGGCCGAUUCAUGCGCUCUUCCUUGGAUUAGUGCAGCCAAACCUGCUGGAUGCUGCCUUUGACGUAGCGCAAACCAUUCUCAGGAAGAAUGAACAUAUGUCCCAUGCACAUCUGCAAUGGUUUGCCAACUUCCCCAGUACCAUCGCCGAGUUCUCAAGGGUUUUCCCCAAUACAGAAGCGGCUAGAGACAUUUCUGCGUUUCUCAUCCAGCUGGCAACAAACUGGCAUACGCUCUCACAAAAUGUUCAGGCACGAAGGUAUCCUUUGCUCGCAUCUGAGCUGAUAUUCAUCCUACGCUGCCGAGCCAAAGGUCUACAGUCUAUGCUGUUCACCAUGAGCCGCAGAAGCCUUGGCGUAAAUGACGGUCCUGUAGCAGGUGCGAUGAACGUCAUUUUUGAUCAGGACAGGGAGGACGAAGCUGCAUACGAGGCUCGCGGUGAGCCCCCUGAAACCCUCAAACGCGCCAGGGAGGCAAUUGCGAUGAAAUAUCGGGACCUUGUUAUGUCGGCGGCGCAACGAGCAGCAUCCAAUGCAGGCUCGAGUGCUCAUAUAGUUGCACAACGUGGACAUCAAUCGCUACCACCUACAACAACUAACCUAUCUUAUCCCGUGCAUACCGCAUCGGCUUCAUCUCCUUCUCUCUCCUCGCAUUUCGAUGCAUUCGCUGUUAGGCCUUCAGUAGGCGACCCAAGGGUGGUAAGCCCGGGGUCUGUGAAUAACCACUCGCCUUCGACAGGCAAUAGUGUCAGCGGGAUUCAGGGCCCGCGACGACCGAAUCACCUUCACAUCCAAACCGAUACUGCAACAUCGUCGCCUCAUUUUGUCACUGCCUACCAGUCUCCCCAGUUAUCACAGCAUCCAUUACCCAGGUCGUCAAGCGCUGGGUCGCUCCCCAUACAACCAAACCGCGGAUCUCCAGUUACGACUAACACUCCUGUAAUUCCAUCGAAUGGCCCAUCACGAACAGCUAUUUUACCGCCAAAUAAUCCUCUAUUACAACGACGAGCAGCCUCGUUUGCGCAUCCAUCCCAGACGCUUCCUAGCCCUUACGGGACAUACACCGAAAACCAAGCACCGCACCACCAGCUGGCAGGAACGGCGCAAGUCUCGAGUCCAGUUUCACAGAUGAACCCUCAUCAUCAUGGCCAGCCUAUGCAGUCCCCACAGUUUCAAACGGCAUACAAUCAGUUGAACCCGCCUCGCAGGGCAUCUACGUCGCAGUAUAAUAUGAUGUCAGCCCCGUCAGCUCAUGUUUAUUCCGCUCAGCCGAUUGGGCCACGAAAUCCAGCAUACCAAGUACCAGUCGCUAGCUAUCCGCAUUCACUGGCUGGGCCCGUUCAGCAAAUACCGGAAGCCGACUAUCCAGCUAGCCCGUAUGGCUAUGGCUCACUUCAAGUUGGUUUGCAGCAUGUCGGUGUACGCAGUCCCAGGCGUGUUCCCUUGAAUCCUGGCAAAAUUCGACAUUAUCAGUUUGUCAGACAGCUAGUAUACCAACCCCUAGCCCUUAAGCCUCAAAGGGGACUGCGGUCUCUGUCUUUCAACGUGACAAAAGAUCAGAUACAAAAGUUAGCAAAGAAAAUCGAGGGGAUUGGUCUUCCAUUUUGCUACUAUUCCGAGGGCUGUCGUCGUUACCGGCUGCGUAUGAUUGUGCAGCCUGAGACACAAGCUGAACCAUCUGAGUCAGAUUGGGUGAUGUCUGCAACAUGCUGGCCUAGCCAUAUUUUUUUUGACCUGAAUUCGAAGUCCCUUGAGCUGCGACGAAAACAACAUUUUCAUAAAGAUCAACCGCUGGAGUUGACAGAUUUCUUAGUUGAGGGCGAGAACAAGAUGACCAUCAGCUAUCCUGUUGUUGAACAAAAUUCCAAGCCGGGAUAUAAGCAUUUCAUGGCGAUUGAGAUAGUGGAGACAAUGAGCCAUGGGGCGAUUACCGACCUUCUACACUCACGACACCUCCCAGCAGAGGAAACGAGGUACAAGAUAAUAUGUCGCUUACGUCCCUCGGAUUCAGACGACAUCAUCGUCCAGGAUGAGACUCUGCCAAUCUCCUUGGCAGACCCUUUCAGUAAACAGAGGGUUGCGGUUCCAGUCAGGGGCAGUCAAUGCAAGCACUUGGAAUGUUUUGAUUUAGAAACGUUUUUGGGGACCAGAAGCGGAAAAGAGCCACAAAAAGGAGGCGGCCCGCAGCAACAGGGGGAAGAACCUUCGUUGGUGGACAGAUGGGGUUGUCCAAUAUGUGGACUCGAUGCACGUCCUAUCAGUCUCUUGGUGGAUGAUUAUCUCGUGGCAGUUAGGCGCUCGCUGAUCAGCAAUGGCGACACUCGGACAAGAAACAUCAAAGCGGCUCCUGAUGGUACGUGGUCUGCAGUAUGGGAGCCGGAGGAGUCUGAUGACGAUUCACCGGCACCACAACCUAAAGGUUCGGUUAAUGGGCAUGCUAGUAGGCAACCAAGGCCACCCCCGACACCAGUCAUCGACAUAUCGGAUGAUGAAUAGAGUCUUGGGGGGGUUCUUGGUGGGAAAGGGGUGUUUUGGGAUUUUCGUUUCCGUGCGUGGCGUUCUGGAAACAAGUGCAUCUUAGCAAGAUUGCUUUUUGAAAAUAGAUACCUUUUUUUUUUUUGGGUUGGGUUGGGUCUGGCCGCAAAAAUCCAGAGCUGGCUGGUUAAGGGAGGGCAAUCAUCGACAAAGGCGAGAGGCG